AUGGAAUCACAACCGAUGUUCAUCCUCCUCUUCCUGCUGCUCGGGUGCGGCCAGUGCUUGUGCAGUCGUGGGCUGAAUGUCGAAAAUAACUACCGGAACAUGAAGGUGCGCCUGGCAACCGAUCGCCCCACUCGCGGAGCGGUGCAGGUGUUGCGGGAAGGUCGCGUUGAGGUAAGCUUUGACUUUGGCGCCACCUGGGGAAGUAUCUGCAGCACCACUUGGAGCAUGCGGGAGGGCAAUGUGGUGUGCCGCCAGCUGGGAUUGGGGUACGCGUCCAAGGCCGCCAUGAGCACGGAGCACGGGGAUAGCAAGAAGCAUCCUUGGGAAAUGGUGGGAACACUUUGUCGUGGCAACGAGCGCCGUCUGGCGGAUUGCACGCGGGAGUCCCAUUAUCCAAACGUUUGUAACGCUCGGAAUCCGAACAUUACGGUUGUGUCCUGCGUUAGCCAUUCGGCUGAUCUUGAAAUCGGACUGCGGGACAUCGAAAGGAGUGCUCGGUUGGAGGCGGUGCCCAUGUCGCGGCUCACCUGCGCCAUGGAGGAGCAGUGUGUGUCUGCCGACGCUUAUGUGAUCCGCAGGACUAACCCGAAUGCCGAAAGGAAACUGCUGCGUUUCUCCGUCAAGGCGAGCAAUGUGGGCACGGCUGACGUGAGUCCAUAUGCCAACUACAAGGACUGGGUGUGGCACCAGUGCCACCGACACUAUCACAGCAUGAACGUGUUCGCCACUUUCGAUGUCUACGACUUGAAGUACAAAAAGGUGGCCCAGGGGCACAAAGCAUCCUUCUGCCUAAUGGACUCGGAGUGUCGGCCGGGCAUCCGUAGCAAAUACACUUGUGGAAACACAACCCAGGGAAUUUCAAUGGGUUGCGCCGAUGUAUACACCGACGUCCUGGACUGCCAAUGGGUGGAUGUGACCACAGUGCCCGUCAACCGGCGCUACAUUCUGCGGGUGGCUCUCAAUCCGGAGUACAAGCUCGGGGAGAUCUCCUUCGAGAACAAUGGAGCAGAAUGCAUGCUCGAUUACACGGGAGUCCACAAAACCACCAGGAUUUACAACUGCCGGCGAUCGCCUUUGUGGUUCAAAAUAUGAUUUUUAGGAAUAAUAUAUCACAUAUUUAAAU